AUCAUAAGAUGGAUCAAAUUAAAAAAAAUCCUAGAAAGUCGUAUCUUAAAAGAUUGUUAAAGUUAAUCCGAUGGUGCCACUUGGUAUGUAAAGAUUUGGCUGAAAUAAAGAAAAAUAAAUACGUGAAAUCUUUAAAAUUUGAACCAAAAUUAUGUUCUCGUGACAAAUCUGGUUGUGAUUGCAGUAUUGAUCGAACUAAGCAGAACUUUUUUAUUAUCAUUGAUCAAUUGGAUGCUGCGAACUUGCGAGUCAAAGUACUUAACAGAUAUUUUGUGCCUCUUGUUAAUAAAGUGGUUGAACCAGAUGAUUCAAUGCCUUUACAUCUUGUCCACAAUGAACAUGUGUCUGAUAUUUUUGAUUCUGGAAGGAAUAUAAUUCGAAUUGAUUGGAAGCAGAAAAAAUAUCGUCUACUAGACUAUAAAUCACAUUAUCGUAAAAUUCAUAAAUGUCUUUUUGGAGACCAGAAAAGUGGAGCUCAUUCCGAGAUAUUAUUGCCUGUUGAAAAAUCCUGUUAUGAAGAUUGUUGGACUGUAAAUUCACUUCUUGAAGCUAACGAUAAGUUUAUUUUGGUUCGUAGCCAUGCAGAUUGCUUCCAAUGUUGGACAACACCAACUACUGAACAAAUUGACUCUCACUUCAUCGACUGUGGACACACAAGUCUGGCAACUGUUUUGAAUAACAACAUUUACUUACUAAAACAUAAUUUUGAAUUCUACCAGAUCAACGUUGAUAGCAAGUUCAAGUUUGGGUGGAUGACAGUUGAUAGGUUGAAAGAUUUUAACUUCGGUAAUUUGCUUUUAACUUCCAGUCAAGCUAUUGAUGAUAAAGUUUUUAUUAUUGAAAAGUCUACAAGAACCCUCUUUUGUUACAAUGUAAAAACUGAAAAAUGGAGUUCAAUUGGUCGAAUCAGUAAUUGUGAUAACAGAUCUGCUGAUGGUCAAAGAGAAUCUGAUAGGCUUUUAACUUUCACCUCAACAUUUAUAUCGAUGGACACUAUUGCAUCUGAACUCGGAUGA